UGGUCCCGCCCUCCCAGCCAUGACCGCCGCCGGCCGCGCGUUUGCAGUCGCUCUCCUGCUGCUCCUGCUGCUGCUGGUAGCCGCCAGCCGCGGCUCCGCCAGGAGGCGCACAUUGUCCGACCAGCGGCUGGCGGAGCUGCAGACGAUGCUGGCCAUGGAGGCCAUGGGAGGAAAGGUCAAGGACGUCUCAGUCGGCCACGGAGUCGUGGACGUGCAGAAAGUGGGGAAGAGGCAGUCGGACCAGCGGCUGGCGCAGCUGCAGACGAUGGCGGCGCUGGAGGCGAUGGGGGGCAGCGUGAAGCACGUCCCCGUGGGCUACGGCGCCGUCGACGCACGCAAAGUAGGUCGCAAGCGCGCCCCGUGGUCGUGGUGGGUACCAGACUCUGGUGACUGGGACCAGAGCGUGGACUUGGACCAGGGCGACACAGACGUCGACUCCGCGGAGUGGUGGGGCGCGGCACACAGCAGCUGACCAGUUCACUGCUCUUCUGGUAUCGAGCUGACUUAGCCCUGCACACU